CGCACAUCUUACUUCUGUGUCCGGAGCAGCAUUGCGAAGCCAUGAUAGAACAGUUCACUUCAGAAAAUCUGGAAUUCUUGUGCUCAAUGCUAUGGGGAGAAUCAAUGGGAACGGAGAUGGAUAUAUCAAUUCAGAUUUAUGGCUCAGUUAGUCGGACGAUCGAAUCCGUGUUGCAAAAAACGAUCUCCAUAGACCAAGCAACGAGCGAACUGGCAUACCUCUGCACAACUGUGGAUGAAUACUCGGUGAUUCGGAGCUUAUCGAGUGUUAUGAACGAACUACCUUUGGAUACUAUUAAGGACAAGGAGACGAUUAUUGAGUACGAGCUGAUCAUCACAUAGUUCCACCCUGUACUAGCUCGCAUUCUGUCCAAUCCCAACAAGAAUGUUUUGUUGUGGUGGGCUAAGGUUGAAGUGGCUGGAAGUUACGACAGAAGCCCGGCGUCGUAAUUACAAAAUCUGA